AUGAUGUCUCAGAAGAGCAUUCGACUACCGAAGAAGCUCUCAGCCGCCCGCCAAGCUCUGGCUAACGUUGCGAAAGAGACCAAGGCCGUGCUCCCAGGCAUCUUACAAGAUAUUCCUCACAUCCACGCCGAUGAGUCCGAGGUCUGGUCUGUAGAUGCGCUCCCUGCACUCGACGUCUCUAAUCGUCCCAACUAUCCCCAAAACGCUGCCGUCAAGGUCAUCAACGAGGACACUUUCAACGCUGCCCUUGAUCUCGCGGCUUUGCACAAGGCACCCAACCCUACGGAUCGCGGGGCCAGAGUUGCUGUUCUUAAUUUCGCCUCCGACAUACAUCCAGGCGGCGGGUGGCUCAAUGGUGCUGUUGCACAGGAGGAAGCGCUCUGUUACAGAUCAUCUCUGUCUUUGAGUCUACACAAGAGAUACUACCCCAUCGCCGCGCGACAAGGUCUCUACACUCCCGAUGUGGUUGUCAUACGCUCGGCCAUGAGCAAUCAUCAUGCUCUUUUGACGCCCGAAACCAAACCUGCCGAUCUCCCUGUCGUCAGCGUGGUCAGUAUCGCAGCGAUUCGUAACCCGCCGUACAAGAAAGUCUCGAUUACCAAGGGAGACAGCACGCCAACAACAAAGGUUGUCUUCGUCAAACCCGGAGAUCGCGAACUUACGAAAGACAAGAUGAGGCUCACACUCCGUAUCUCGGCUUACAAAGGCCACAGCCUACUAGUUCUAGGUGCUCUAGGCUGCGGAGCCUUUCAUGGGCCUGUAGAGGACAUUGCAGACUGUUGGGCCGAGGUGUUGAAGGAGGACGAGUUCGCUGGUGGUUGGUGGAAGGAGGUCUGGUUCGCUGUGUAUGAUAAGCACGACGAGGGAAAUUUCGAGAUUUUCAAGAACAGGAUAGGGGGGCUACUUGUUUAA